ACUCCUCUUGCUUAAUAUCUCGCCUGCCCACGUUGAUCGAGGGCCCAGAGACGUCUGACUUCAAUAUCAGCAUUUUAUCCGUCGUUUCUCUACCGCAACCGCUACCACUACCGCCGCAGCCAUGGCCUCUGAAGGCAUGGCUCCCUUCACUCCCGAGUAUGCCUCGUACAACUGGACAGGCGCUCCCUCAGACUAUUCCAGCCUGGCCACCAACGAGCUGGGCGGAAACUCAAGGGUGGAAAACUUGAACAAAUGGUACCAGUCGGGUGACCAAGCCUACAUCAUCGUUGCUUCGGCCAUGGUCAUGCUCAUGGUGCCUGGCCUCGGAUUCCUUUACUCCGGUCUCGCUCGCCGCAAGUCAGCCCUCAGCAUGAUCUGGGCUUGUAUGGGCUCGAUGUGCGUUGUAACAUUCCAAUGGUACUUCUGGGGUUACUCGCUUGCUUUCUCUCCCACCGCUACAAAUGGAUACAUUGGAAACCUGCGCAAUUUCGGUCUGAUGAAGGUUCUGGCGGACCCCAGCCCAGGGUCUCCUCUGGUUCCUAACCUCCUCUACGCCUUCUACCAGAUGCAAUUCUGUGCCGUAACUGCUGCUAUCAUUAUGGGAGCGGUUGCCGAACGUGGGCGUCUUCUUCCUGCCAUGGUCUUUACUUUCGUCUGGGCCACAAUCGUGUACUGCCCCAUCGCUUGCUGGGUAUGGAAUGUCAACGGCUGGGCCUUCAACUAUGGCGUGCUGGAUUAUGCUGGUGGUGGCCCCGUCGAAAUCUGCUCCGGUCUUUCGGCGCUCGCAUACUCUAUGGUCCUCGGUCGUCGCCAGGAGCGCAUGAUGCUCAACUUCCGCCCCCACAAUGUUUCCCUCAUUCUGCUCGGUACCGUCUUUCUCUGGUUCGGAUGGCUUGGAUUCAACGGUGGCUCGUCAUUCGGUGCAAACAUGCGCGCUACGAUGGCAUGCUGGAACACAAACUUGACCGCUGCCUUUGGCGCGAUCACUUGGGUUAUUCUCGAUUGGCGCCUGGCUCGCAAGUGGUCGAUGGUCGGUUGGUGUUCCGGUACAAUCUCCGGUCUUGUCGCUGCUACUCCUGCUUCCGGUUUCCUUCCUCCCUGGGCUAGUGUUGUUCUCGGUAUUGUGACCGGCAUUGUAUGCAACUACUCCACGAAGGUGAAAUACUGGAUCCGUAUUGAUGACUCUAUGGAUGUGUUCGCCGAGCACGGUGUUGCUGGUAUUGUCGGUCUCAUUUUCAACGCCUUCUUCGCAGACGACGCCAUCGUCGGCCUUGACGGGGUCAACACCGGUUCUGAAAUGGGCGGCUGGCUCAUCCACAACUGGAAGCAACUUUACAUCCAAAUCGCCUUCAUCGUCGCUGCCUCCGCCUACUCCUUCGUUGUGUCGGCCAUUGUCGCCUACGCCAUCAACGCCAUCCCAGGCCUGAAGCUCCGUGCAUCCGAAGAGGCCGAACUCCUCGGCAUGGAUGAUGAUCAGCUGGGUGAAUUCGCUUACGACUAUGUUGAGGUCCGUCGUGACUACCUUGCCUGGACACCCCAGAAGCACGACCAACACGCAGACGGUCAUGAGGUUCCUGCUGCCGCGAGGUAUGGCAUCGGGGAGCACAGCGAGAUGAUGCUCGACGGUGAGGCUCCCACAGGUGCGACCAACAGCCGCGGAAGUGAGGUAUCAGGCGUGCAAGAAAUCAAUGUCAAGGAAGAAUCGCAACGGCCUGCGCCGCCGACCGACGCCGAGAAGGCUGCUCAGGGGCUUUAAAACUGAGUUAAUCGCGUUUUUUUUUUCGUUUUGCUUCAUUAUAGCUUGCAUUUCAUUUCCCUUUCUGAAUUUUGUGCAUGCCCGAGAUAUCCACUUGUGUUUUGUUUUCCUCCAACGACCCCUCUGGCUGAGCUUUUUCCUCUGGUGCUAUAGGAUUUUGUUUGCUCCGCCGCGCGUUAAUUCGUGCCUUGCUUCUAGACCUAUGGGAGAUUUUUGUUUUUCAGCAGGCGUUACUCCCUUUCUUUUUUUUUACCUACGCUUUUCGAGCUCGCAUUCUCAAAAUGUCUCACGGAGCCUGGGUUGGGAUUGAAUACUGUAUAUUUCUGGGAUUGUGUGAUAACUGUAUAUACUAAUGAAAGAGAGGAAGUUCC